UAUAAACUCCAGAGCCACCCCAACAUCCCCUUCAAUCGUUCUCCUCAAAAAGAGCGAAAGGGGAGCACACAAAAGUGAGACAGAAACAGGGCGGGGGGGAAGUUACUUUUAUUUGCUCAUGAUGGGGAGAAUUCCAGUCAGGUUCAAUAGGAUAGCUGCGGCUUUCAAUGAAGCGGCAAUGGCGCCUCCGGUACGGCUGUGUGAGAGUAGCGGCAGCGACCACUCUCCGGAGGAUUUGACUGAUCUUUCCGAUCUGGUGAAUUCUUUUAUCGAGAGCAAUUGCGGGGUUGAAACUGAUGAGGGUAACAUUGAGCAAGAGAAAGAAAAUGAGAACGAUGGAACAGAGGGUUAUUGGUCAGAGUCUGAGACCAAAGAUAUGUUAAAGCGUUUAAUGGUUAAUAACAUCUGUGAUGGGAACGAAGAUGAUGAAGUGAAGCAAAAGAUUCUAUUGCAGACAAAACUUGCGUGUGGGAGUAUAGGCGACAUGUCCUCUGAGGAUUUUAAACGUCAGUUGAUGUCUCGUUUGCGAGAUAACGGCUUUGAUGCUGGACUGUGCAAAUCUCGGUGGGAGAAACUCGAGCGGCACCCAGCAGGGAGUUAUGAGUAUGUAGAUGUUAAUGUGACUGGAACCCGUUACAUUAUUGAAGUAAAUCUUGCUGGAGAAUUCGAAAUAGCUCGACCAACCACAAGUUACACUUCAUUGAUCGAUGUUUUCCCACGGAUUUUCGUUGGAAAACAAGAAGAACUCAAGAAGAUUGUGAAGCUGAUGUGCAGAGCAAUGAGAGGAUCGAUGAAAAGUAAGGGCAUGAAGGUGCCUCCUUGGAGGCGAAACAAGUACGUGCAGGCCAAGUGGUUUGCCCAUUACAAGCGUACAACCAAUGAAAUUUCAGCUAAACAGGCAUCACAGAAAAACGACGCAGUUACAACCACAAGAUCAGUUGGGUUUGAGACGUUGCCGACGGUUUCUUACUACUGCAGAGAUACUUUUGACAGAAAGGGUGGUUUCAAAGGAGGUUAUUUGCAUGCUGCAAUUAAUUCCAACGGCAGUAUUGGUUUACAAUCAUAGUCGUUCCUGGGAAUUGCAUUAUUUGUACAUAAAGAUGGCUGUUUUUCUUUUUCCUCGUGUGGGUUUGGAGUGAUUUGCUCUGCUGGUUACAUUUUGGAAACUAGCAAAAUCCAAUUCUCAAGGCAACUCCAUCAACCUUUUUUGUCAGUUUUGGCUAGAAUUCAUGUAGAGCAAUUGCACUGCAUUGGGAUUUGGCUAUUAAAUUGUAUAUUUGUUGGGAUUUAUUGAUUUGCAAUUGAGUUA